AUGGAAAAUAAUUUCUGUAUCUUUCAAUAUCUUGAAAAAGCAAUUGUUUCACCUAGUGUUUCACAAUUCUCUGCAGCAUAUUUCAACAAUCCAAAUAUGAAAGAAUUCGUUGUAACAGGCAACCAGAAUUUUAUCUCAAUAGAUAAAGUGAUCUAUACUUCAAAUAAUGAAACACUUUAUGCAUAUCCUGCAGGAUUGGAAGCUAAUGAAUUUACAGUACCAGACUUUGUGAAAACAAUUAAUCCAUAUUCAUUUUCAUAUUGCGAUAAAUUGGAAAAAAUUAUUGUAAGUUCAAAUAUUUUAUUAUCAAACGGAAUGUUUAUAUAUUGCACAAGUGUGAAGUCAAUAGAACUUAAGGCUCCUUUAAACUUCUUCCCAGAAGGCUGUUUUGCAUUCUGCAGCAAUUUGACUUCAAUUGUUAUCCCAGAAACAUCUGUAGUAACUCAACUUUUCUCUCAUUGUUUCCAUGGAUGUUUUAGUCUUCAAAAUCUUAAUUUCAACAAUAAAAUAGAACUUGUAGAUUUUUCUUGCUUUGAAAAAUGUAUUUCAUUAAUAGAUAUUGAUUUGUCACAAUUAACAGAAAUUUCGGAAAGUUGUUUCAGAUUUUGCAGCCAGGAGAGAAUUAAUUUGCAUUUGAGUGAUAAAUUAAGAUCAAUUUCCAAAAAUGCAUUUGAGAAUUCAAAAAUUGUGGAAUUUAUUUGCCCGAGGAAUUUGAUGUAUAUUGGAGAUUAUGCGUUUUCAUAUUGCAUUGAACUUAAAAUAUUUAAGUUUAAUGACAAAAUAGCUCAAAUAGGUAACAAAACUUUUAAUUAUGCUGGCUUUGAUGAAAUAUUUAUUCCAGAUUCGUUAAGAAUAAUUCAACCGACAAGCUUUUGUAAUCAGCAUUAUAUUCAAUUUACAUUUAGCGAAGGUGGCCAUCCAAAGUUUUAUGUAGAAAACGAUUGCUUUAUGAAUAAAGCAGGUGAAUUAGUAUUUAUCAUUCGGGGAGAUAAAGUUGUUUUUGAGCUACCACCAAAUGUUAAAAUAUUUGGCACAGGAUCGAUUAAUGAAUCAAAUUACAAUAGAAUUGUAGUAAAAUCAGAUAUUUCUGAUUCUCAUUUAUUAUAUUCAGAGGAAGAUAAAUCGAAGCUUUGUGUUAAAUCAUUUUCAAAUAAUAGUUGCAAUUUUAAUAUUUCGGAUGUUAAUAAUAUUGAAAGAUAUGCAAAAGAAGGAGAAUAUGAGCCAACAUAUAAAUUGAGUAAUAAUCUUUAUAUAAAAGACUCAUUUAUUCACAUAUCAGAGUACAUUACUGAUUCAUCUUAUUACGAGUAUCUUCCUCAGAAAUCUUUUAUUUUUAAUGAAAAUUCUAGGUUAAACUCUAUACUUGAAGUUAUUCUUUCAGUAUUUGUUUCUUUCCUAUUGAUAAUUAUUAUGAUUCUUGCAAUUAUUGCACUUAAAGAAUCACGAAAAUCUGCUCAUUAA